AUGCAUAUCCUCUCCGAGCCAGAUGUGACUCGGGUCUUUCGUGAUCUGAGCCAAACUCAAUGCCAUGAAUUCAUCAGUAUUCUAGGAGACGCCUUGCAAGGUUUCUCUGCCGAAUCAAAGUCGAACGCGCCGGCAUCCAAGAAAUUGAUUCAUCAGCCCUUGCGCACAGUCUUCUCAACCGCAGCGGACAACUCGUGCAUCUUCAUGCCCGUCUCCGACACCGCCACAAUCGGCAUCAAGGUCGUGACGGGUACCAGGGCCGGCAUUCAAGGGGUCAUCAAUAUCUUCUCGCCCGACGGCCGUCUUCAGGGUCUCUUGGCAGCCGCCGAGGUCACCGCGUUCCGUACAGCUCUCGCAUCCAUGACCCUCUUCAUUCGAAGCCAGACCAUCGGCAAGGAGAACCUGCUCAUCUUUGGAUCAGGUCGCCAAGCAGAAUGGCAUGCGCGCCUGGCUCUGCUCCUGUAUCCGAACGAGAUCAAACGCAUCACCUUCGUGAACCGGGGACGCCAGCGUCUGAUCGAGAUGGAGCGCGACGUAUUUGCUGAUCUUCGUCAGCGUCAUCCGCACGUUACGAUUCACACUCUCGCAAAGGAGGGAGCGUCAGCAUCGGACUACGAAGAGAAUCUCCUUGCGCUUCUGGCCUCAUGUGACGUGAUCUUCAGCUGCACCCCCUCGCUUGAGCCCAACUUCGCCUACUCUGCGCUUCAGGCCGCGCCGCGGCAGCGCUUCAUCUCGCUCAUUGGAUCGUAUACGCCUGAGAUGCACGAGAUUGAUACCGAGACCCUCUUAUCGGGCGGCGGCAAGAUCUACGUGGACUCCCGAUCGGCCUGCUUGGAGGAAGCGGGUGAAUUGAUCACGGCGGGGAUCACGGAGCAGCAAUUGACGGAGAUGGGUGACCUGUUGAGUGAACUUGGUCCGUCGGAAUCACUCGAUGUUCCGGCGGGAGCUAAUGUCAUCUUUAAGUGUGUUGGAAUGGGUCUCAUGGAUCUGGUCGUAGGGAAGAAGACUCUGGAAGUGGGCAAGACGCUUGGGUUGGGAGUCCAUGUGGAUGGAUUCUAG